AUGAGUCUUCAGAGUGUUGUAGCGUUGGUGUUAGUGGUCUUCGGGGCGGCCGUACUGGCGGCGCCGGCGCCUGAUAAGAGUCCUGACGACAAGGCAGAGAAGUACUCGGUUCGCAGCUGGUUCGGUGGCGUAUCACAUCACGGCCACAGAAAGCCCGGGAAGUACUACCCAGGUUAUGGCGGGUACGAGGGUGGCCGCCCCCAGGGAGGGUGGGGUGGGGCUGGCGCAGCGAGCUCAGCGUCUGCCUCCGCAUCAGCAGCCAGCGCUGGGGGUGGCGGCCCACAUGGAGGCGGCUCUCACAGCAACUCCAACUCCCACAGCAAUAGUCACUCCGCCACUCUAGGCGCUGGUCCGUUCUACGGCAGCCUCAGCAGCAGUCAGGCCGGGGCGUCAGCAAGUGCUGGCGCAGGAUCAGGGUCGUACCAUCGCAAACCCAAGCCUAAACCCCAACACUACAGCCAUGAGUACUACGACUACUAGGACGGCGUUCAACGACAAAAAACCUAUUCACGUGACUUACAGUACAAGUUCAUUCGCCUGAUUUUUGUAGUGUGAUAUUUUUA